CCAGCGAUCUGUGUGCUGUGUUAUUCUAAGUGACCGUUUUCUGGAAAUCCCCCACCCAGUUGUUAGCUCCGCCCCUCUGAAGCUACACACAGGGCAUUUACAGACUGCUGCACAGCUCCGUGACAAAACAAGCGAACGAGCUGCUAUGGACCUGCACAGAACCAGUUUGUUGAACCAAAUGGAUUACAGUCGGGAGAAUAAAGAAGGGAAGCCGGCCCAGUCGACCGAGGAGCGGCUCGACAGCGGUCUGGACUCACUAAAGGAGGAAGAGUACCAGGCUGUGGCGGCCGAGAUCUGUCGGCUGCAGAUGGACUGUGAGCCGCAGCAGCCUCCAGCGGGAACAGCAGAGCUGCACGACUGGAAGACACAGACUACAGAGGACGGAGACACACUGCUCCACCUGGCCAUCAUCCACGAGGCCAAAGACUACAUCAGAACGAUGAUUGACCUGUCCAAGAACACAGACUUCCUCAACACACAGAAUGACCUGAGACAAACCCCCCUCCACUUGGCCGUAAUAACGAACCAGGCAGGCGUGUGUCAGCACCUCCUGGCAUCCAGCUGUGACCCUACCCUGGUGGACAACAGAGGGGACACGCCUCUUCACAUCGCCUGUCGCCAUGGUGACCUGCUGUGCUUCAGUGUCAUCACGCAGAACUGUCAGACAGAGCAUCUACGCACAAUGAUGGCUGCCUGUAACUAUCAUGGUCAGAACUGCCUCCACCUGGCCUCUGUCCAUGGCUUCCUCUCACUGGUGGAGAGCAUGGUGGAACUAGGAGCUGACAUUAAUGCAAAGGAGCAGCGUAAUGGUCGCAGUGCACUGCAUCUGGCUGUGGACCAGCAGAACCUCUUGCUGGUCAAACUGCUGCUGAAGAAAGGAGCAGACCCAAACCUCUUGAGCUCUGGAGGCCACACCCCCUACCACCUCACCUAUGGUUGCAGCAGUGCUGACAUCAGGCAGGAACUGUACUCGAGGACUGAUCCUAACCUGAGGGAGCUGCCUGACAGUGAAUCAGAUGACAGCGAGGAAGAGGAGGAUGAGUCUGAUGACAAGGUGGAUUAUGAUGAUUUUGAGUGGAACGGACAUUAGUGGGAAACAAGACAGAGCGAGGAAGUUAUAGAGGCAGGAGGUUGUGAUGGUGACAGCAAAGGCCAGGAGAAAUGGCUUGGGAUGGUCUACUGCUUCCUGGAAUGACGUCACGUGAGCCUGAGUGUGGGUGACACAGCACGGAUGCGACCGCUGACAGAGAUGGACAGGUAGCUGCAAAGGCAAAACAAAACGAGACUGAUGG